CGUUUAACCAGGUUUCACUUCAAUCAUACCGAUUGAGCCGAAACGUCUUACUACCCAUUUAUAUGAAUGUGUUACCACUCUCCUCAAGUCUAAUCAUUCGAGAGUUGAAUUGCAAGGGUACCUCUACAGCGUUCUAUCUAAAGCGACCGAAAUCCCCAGCUGCGAUAUUCGCUCCUACACUGGAACUACUUUUACACCCACCCAUGGACCAGAUUACGUCACAUUUACCUGGCAACGCGAACACAGAUUAGACGCAGAUUAGACGAGGAACUGAAAUAUAUUUGUUGUCGAUCAGAACUUUGUGAAGAACACAUGGAACUGACUGUUUAUGAUAAAAAGGAUAUACAGUUAUCAAAGACGACACAAUCAGAUUAGAAUAUUAUGGCAAGCUCUGUGUAUUCAUCAACACCAGAGACGACGAAUGCUAACAGAGCUUGCCGUGCUGUACUCGGGCCCUGUACAGAUGGACUACGAGACACACUACGUCACUACGUCCCGCCACACACAUUCCCCCAUGUUGUCAAACUAUACAAACUCAAUCUUCCUCGAUCACUGACGGCAGUUCAGCGAAACCUCAUUUUACCAAAAACUGGAAAUUAUACAGGACGAUAUGAUGACAUGGACAUCUCAUUAUUGUAUAUCUUAUUGCGAAACAUAACCAACAUAUCUCCUCACUCCAAAGGCUGGGGCAAUGAUCCCGACCCCCGUGACUCGAUUCUAUCGGCCAACAUCGAGAGAAUUCGAUUGGUCCGGAAUCGUUGUGUUCACUCAUGUGAUCCAUCCAUGUCCAACUCGGACUUUAACUCCAUCUGGUCCACCAUUAGAUCAGUUAUGGUGGAUCUGGAUGCCUUCCUUGUGAAUGGAAACAAAUAUGAAAAGGAGGUCGAUUUCCUACGUCACGAGUCCAUGGACCCUGAAAAUGACCUACAUUACGAAGAAGAACUGAGGAAGCAGGUGGAGGAAGAUACCAAGACGAGGGAAAUGGUGGUCAACCUUGAGAGGAGGAUAGAAGACACAUCAGAGAGAGUGGAGAAGUUGGAUGAUAAAAUGGCGAAACUGACAAAAUCCCCCAUUCCCUCAAAUGUGAGAGAGCAAUACGAUAUUGAUGUUCAGAAAUGGAGAGAGGAAGACAAGCUUUACUGUGAAACCCAUAACUUUCCAUCAGUGAUGCAGAAAGUGAGAGAUAAACCUUACGUAACGUUUGUUGGUGUGCCUGGGUCUGGGAAGUCUGCCACGGCUCACCACAUCGCCCUCAAGCUCCAGGAGGAAGGUUACGAGGUUGUACCAACCAGAGACGUCAGGAAGAUGGAAGACUAUGGUGACCCCAGGAAUCCGCAGGUUUUUGUUAUUGAUGAUGUGGUGGGUGUCUUUGGCCUCCAGAAAUUUAAUUUAGAUGUGUUGACUAAUUAUGAACAGAAAAUAACAGAUCCUUGCAUGGUUAAGUCUAGAACUUUGAUGACAUGUAGAGAGGCUGUGUUCAAUGAGACACUACCUUACAAACCAUUCCUUACCAAAGAAGAGGCUGUGAUUAAGUUACACAGUUCUGAUCAUGCAUUAAAUGACAAAGACAAAAAACAGAUUCUCAAGAAGUAUGGUAUAAAUGUAGAUCUAAUGUCGCCUGCAUUGCUGACAUUGACAUCUCGCAUGUUUCCUCUUCUCUGUAAAUUGUUCUCAAAGGAAAGAAAAUUCAAAGCUCUUGGUUCAAAGUUUUUCCUGAAUCCAGUCGAAUGUAUCCUUGAUGAACUUGAUGAUAUGCAAAGACAUAACAAACUGAAUUAUGCAACACUUGUUUUGUGUAUGCUAAAUGGAAACAGUCUCUCAAAAGACAUUUUAAAGGAUAAAGAAUUUAUUGAUAAGAAAAUGAAUGUUUCGGAAAAUUGUAGAUUAGAACACUACAGUGAUACUAAGUUUAUGGAUGCCUUGUCAGCAAUGGAGGGGACAUACACAAAACAAUGUGGUGCGCAAUACACAUUUAUACAUGACUCCCUGUUUGAAAUAUGUGCUUAUCAGUAUGGCAAACAGUUUCCUGACCAAAUGUUGCUGUGUAUGAGUAGUAGUUAUAUUGCUAAUUAUGUCAAACCACAGACAAGUGAACCAGGUAUUGUUAACAAAACGAAAGUGAAACAGAGUGAUUCUCAAUCAGGAAAGGGGGCUAAGGGUAGCAAUGACAAUGAUGUAAAAAAGGAGGAGAGCGAUGAUAAAAACAAUGAGAGAGAGGAAUCGUCUGAUCUGUGUAUAAGGUUACGUGAGGAUCAGUACCUACUGUUAGCAGAAAGAUUGUACAGAGACAUACAGAACAUGGAGCUGUAUGAUGUUUUCAGAAAUCAGGUUUUAAAACAUCCCCAGGUGUGUCAGGCUUUUAUUGGUGUGUUAGAGACAAAGUCAUACACAGAAUUAAAAUCUGUAUUUCUGUUCAGUCACGGAAAGUUAGAUAAGAUAAUGAUGACUAAACGAAAGUGUGUGGUGCCGGAUUGGAGUGAGUGGAGGAGACAGGGGGCACUGGUGGCUCAGAGGGAGUACGUAGAUGAAAAAGAAGGAAUACUAGAUAUUAAACACACGUACAAUGUGAGAGUGAUCAGCUGGGUGAUUCGCUAUGGACAUUAUCAGAUAAUAGAUUACAUAGUACAACAGACAGAACUACACAAUGAAAUAAGUGAAUUAUUUGAGAUAACAGGAAAUUAUCUACUACUUCAGUCUAAAUCUGUGAUAGAUACAUGUAAUAAACAGGAAAAUGAAAUCAAAAGACUUGUAAAACUAUCUAAACCUGGGAUAUUUCAAAAUAUUAGGAAUAUGAUUACUAAUAGAAUACAAAAGAUGGUAGAGAAGUUAUUUACAAGUGAUAAACAGGAAAGUGAAAUCAAUAGGCUAGUAGAAGAGUGUAGGUUACUUGUAUUGAGUUGUUAUAGUGGUGAUGUACAGACAGUCAGAGUUCUGCUUCCUGUCUGUAAGAAAACAAUCAAUGGGAUAGGUCAGCAGGUCAGUAAAGGUAUUUAUUGGUGUAAUUAUUCACCUCUUACUGCUGCAUGUGGAGAAGGACAUGCAAGUAUAAUGGAGGAGCUGGUGAAGGCGGGGGCUGAUGUCAGUCUACAGGAUAGAUGGGAGAAUACACCACUGGUAGUUGCAUGUGAGGGAGGACAUGAUAGUGUGGUGAAGGAGCUGGUGAAGGCAGGGGCUGAUGUCAAUAUAAAGACUACCAUUAUAAAGAAAAAUACACCACUGAUAGCUGCAUGUUAUAGAGGAGAUGUGAGUGUGGUGAAGGAGCUGGUGAAGGCGGGGGCUGAUGUCAAUCUACAGAUUAACAAUAUACUGGGGAAUGAUACACCACUGAUAGCUGCAUGUAAGGGAGGACAUGUGAGUGUGGUGGAGGAGCUGGUGAAGGUGGGGGCUGAUGUCAAUCUACAGGAUAGAUGGAGGAUUACACCACUGAUAGCAGCAUGUAAGGGAGGACAUGUGGGUGUGGUGGAGGAGCUGGUGAAGGUGGAGGCUGAUGUCAAUCUACAGGAUAGAGAAGGGAAUACACCACUGAUAGAUGCAGUAAGAGAGUGUCCUUUAUCAACAAUGAAAUAUCUAGUGGAACAUGGAGCUGACUUUGUUACUCAGGUUGUUGAUAUCAAUGUGUCAGCAGUAUAUAAAGCAUUAAUACUGAACAAACUAGAUAUAAUGAAAUAUUUCAUACAGGAACAAAAUAAAAUCAUUCCAGGACAAUUUAAUGGAAAUAUACACCUAUUUAACUGUCUGGUGGACAUCAGACAUGCUAGAGUUAAAACAGACAGUAGGGAUGAUGUGGUGGUGACAGACAGAUCAGUGUGGUGCAUGUAUGAUUGGGGAGAUUGGUGGGAGAGAAUCUGUACAGGAGACUGUGAUAUACUGAGACAUCUGUUGUGUGUUGGUCUGGAUGUCAAUCAGUUGAUACAGUUGGAUAGCUACAGUAGGUUUGAUGAACCUCUGUUGUAUACACUGAUUGAUGGUCAGCAUACUAUGUAUGUUUAUCAUAGAAUAGAGAAGAUGAGGAUGCUGCUAGGGGCGGGGGUGGACGUCAAUGUCAGGAUGAGGUAUAGAGAGUAUCACUCUGUGUUAGACAGGGAGGGUGUGUCUGUUCUAGAGAGGACGAGGCGACUGGUGUGUGAGUACAGUGAUAGUGUAGAAUUAUGGGUCAGAAGAAGAGUGCCUGAGUACAAGAGAGUGAUGUGUGAGAUAAAGAAACAUGUCAGAAGACACUCUGUAUAGUCCCCGAUAGAAUUGUAGAGAGAUGGUGUUACUGAGUACAAGAGAUAAAGAAACAUGUCAGAAGACACUCUGUAUAGUCCCUGAUAGAAUUGUAGAGAGAUGUUGUUACUGAGUACAAGAGAGUGAUGUGUGAGAUAAAGAAACAUGUCAGAGGACACUCUGUAUAAUCCCUGAUAGAAUUGUAGAGAGAUGUUGUUACUGAGUACAAGAGAGUGAUGUGUGAGAUAAAGAAACAUGUCAGAAGACACUCCGUAUAGUCCCUGAUAGAAUUGUAGAGAGAUGUUAUUACUGAGUACAAGAGAUAAAGAAACAUGUCAGAGGACACUCUGUAUAAUUCCUGAUAGAAUUGUAGAGAGAUGUUGUUACUGAGUACAAGAGAGUGAUGUGUGAGAUAAAGAAACAUAUCAGAAGAAACUCUGUAUAGUCCCUGAUAUAUAUUCAGUAGAUGUACGGAGUAUAAAACCCGAUAGGUUACGAGUAUCUUUGUACAUAAUGUUAUUUAAUGGAUUGUCCCGCAAAUCUCUCUCGUUAAGUUUCCUCUUGUCUGUGUACAAUGAUAAAACGUUGAACAUACUCUGUGAUUAUUUCAUAAACAAAUAAAUGUUUAACAUUAAACAUUCUUGGAAUUCAGUUAUUUUCUAUUAAAUUAUUGUCUAACUCAUUAAUUAUAAUUAGGUGUACUUGUGUAUAUUGUUUAAUGUCUCUGUUUAUGUACCAUACAUAUUUAUAAUCCAUAGAAUCAAAUAUCUAGUACUUCUGGUACAGUAUAUUGGAGGAUUGAAAUAAAUAAUUUGAAACUUUA